AUGGCUACUUCCCCUAGAGAUGAUAAGUGUGGACGCGCACAGUAUGAUGAUGAGCACGAAAGUGCACAGUAUGACGAGAAGGGUGUUCAUGGGGAGCAUGACACUAUGGGUUUGAGACAAUUAGAGCUAGUGGACCAAUUAGAAAGGCUAGGACCAUCACAUCACUUCAAAAUAGAAAUAAAUCAUAUGUCCGAGAAUAUGAAUGAAAAGUUCGAUAAGGUGGUGGAGAAGUUUAAAUAUGAGUUAGAAAGUUCUAAUAAUAUUUGUGAAGAGAAAGAUGAAGGAAUAUUAUCCUUCUACGAAGCUUCUUUUAGCAAUGGAAGGCAUGCUCUCGAACUCCUACUUCACUGGAGAAUGCCAAGAUUGGAGGUCAGAUGGUUCAUCGAUUUGUAUAGAAGAAAAUCGGAACUAAAUCCUAUGUUGUUAGAUUUGGUCAAGUUAGACUUCAAUAUUGUCCAAUCCACACAUCAAGAUGACCUAAAAUAUGUCUCUAGAUAA